CAUUUUCCUAAUCAAAACCAAAGAGAACUAAUUUUAUCAAAAACCCAAAACCCUAGCCCCUUUGUCCUCUUUCUAUCUCUUCACCGUGUCCCCCCCUCGUUUUCUCGUUCAGCCGCUUCUCCCCUUCGUUAUCCCGUAACGGCAGCACUCGUGGACGCUGUCCUCCGGCAGUUUCCGACCCCCGCGAUUCGUUUACGUCUUCGCCGGCAACUGGAGCAGCGGCCCUGCCCAUACCCACUUCACGGGCAAACCUUCAACAGGUGGCAAGGGCGUCCGGCGAGCAUACGGCGAGAACCCACGAACUGUUUUCCGGCGACACCCUUUCCAGCAGCGUUGGAGCAACUUUUUUCCUCAUUCCGACAAGGGUUAAGAUUAUCUGAACAGUAAACAGCGAGGUCUUGGAGCUGUUUGGCAACGUUCAGAAGUUUCAUUAAAGGACUAGCAAUGAUAAAGAGGAGAUUCUACAGGCUUGAACAUGGUGAUAACGACAAUGCAUCAGAUUCAUCUGUAUCAUCAUCUGACUCUGAACCAGAAGUAGAUGCAGAAGAAUCACAAGAUGAUGUAGAAGUUCAAGAUGAUGAAUCCUGCUCUACCUCAUCUGGGUAUGAAAGCGAGGAUAGCUCUGUUAAUGAAGUUGAUAUUGACUCGUCAGGUCUUCCAAGUACUGAAGAUGAUCCCGGCAUUGGAAAAGAAAUUCAAUCUCUUACUGGGACUCAGGUACCUGAUGAAAUCUCUUCGGAUACGCAGUUACCUUUGGGAACUCUGGACAUUCAUUCAAACAUCUUAUCCAUGAAGGAGCCAUUACCCGCAGAUGUUCCAGUGUGCAUCCUGAAAUGCAAAUCAGUUUUUAAGUGUAAGUUAUGCCCUAGAGUUGUCUGUUUGAAUGAGGAGACAUUAAAGGCUCAUCUUAAAUCCAAGAGACACGCGCGUUCUGAGAAAUUAUUGAAUGACGGCAGGUUGAAAAUUAUGCUCAACAACAAUGGAGAGAUUGAAAAUCCUGAAAAUUCUACCGAGUCUCCUCCUCGACUUCCUGCUUUUCCACCGGAACAACGUAGAAGGAAAAAAAAGUCACGACAAAGUCAUGGAUCACAGGCAAAGAGGUCAAACAAGAAAGAAAAGGGUUCGAAUGGUGGUAAAAAAAUGAGAGGAUCAACAAAGAGCCUACUGAAAAAAAGACGCAAAAUUGAGUAACUGAAGAUCGGAUCACUCUGCAAGCCAACUAAAGAUGGUUCUGUCUCCAUUUCUCUCAUGAAAUGUAGUGAUAGUGAAAGGGUAUGUUAUAGUUCCCCUUGUUUUAAUCUUUUCUUCUAACUUUAUAAUACUACAAAAUGAAAUCAGUAAGUCCGCUUUUCAUAGGGUGUUUGCUGAAUAAUUCUGGUAAGGUGUGAAAAUUUUGUUGAGAAGAGAAUGAGACAUUAUUGUUGCCUUGUUUUCAUUUUGUUUAGUAAAUUAUCCAUGCCUCUUUUUUAUUUUUUGUUU